UUAACCAGUGACACAAGAAGCGUUAUUUCUUUUCCCAACUUCAACUCACGGAGACGCAUUGCUCAACUUCAGGGAUAUUUGUCUCAUUCUUUCUCUCAGCUGACGCCCGCGAAGCUGCAUCUCGGUUUCGACGUUUCCAGAUGACAUCCUCUAGCAGGAGAGCGUACGUCGAAGAUGCGGAGAGCUCAGAGGACGCUUUUUCCACAUCAUCCUCAUCUGGAUCUGGUGGCAGCUCCAGCCCAUCUCAAUAUCCCAAAAGGGGAAAGACUCGAAUUCCGGCCAAGAUCGUUUCGAAACGCGCCCUCAUUGACCUAGGGUAUCCUUUUUUUGAGGAAGGUAAUACCGUCAUUGUCCAGAAAGCCCUUGGACAAGACAAUAUCGAUGAGCUACUUAAGUUGAGUGAAGAAUACAAAAGGAUAGAGCAAGACAUUGCAAGGGCACCCGGCAGCACCCUCCAAGAGCCCAUCGAGAUAAUUAGUGUCGAUGUGGAAAAAGCUCAAGGCGACACAUCUGCUCCCACCCCAGCCCCAAUGAUGCCGCAUCCAAAUCCAGCAGGGAUUCCCGCAGCGAACAACCUCGUUCCCGAUCGAUUGACCCCUGACAGUCUUGGACAUUCACGAAGGUCACGCUGGGGCGACCAGGUUCUACUUUCCGGGGUCCUCACUCUUAAUGGCUCCGUGCAGCAAUUAGGCACAGAGUUGGGGAGUCCCGAAAUGUUGGCCGCCCGUGACGCUUGGCGUGACUCAAAAUCAUUCAUUGAAGACAGCACUAUUGCUACGGAGCUGUUCGAAAUUCAUGCGGCGGAAUGUUACGUGGACCAAGCAGGGGCGCACAAGGUCACCCUAUCCUGUCCAAAACGGCCUCAGCGCUCGAAGGAUGAAUCAUCUCUAGUGAGGAUACGGUGGUUGCAUUUGAAAGGAUCUCCCUCGAAGCUACGGACCUUUGAGAACCUUGUUACCGACUGCCCUUUCAUAUCACAACCCCUUAAGUCGGUUGCGCUCAACGUGUUGAAGGAGGUUGACCGACGAUGUCUGAGGCGAUCCGAAUCCGGAUCGGAGAUUGAGCCAGGAACUGUAAUUAGGUAUAUUGGGAGGUACCGAAGCUACCUUGGGAGAUACGCGGGUGACCCAGCCUAUGACACGGAACCAGUGGUAUUCCUCUCGACACCUUUUCUACUUCUACCAGAGGAACACUCGACAAGGGGACUCAAGCGAGGGGGCCACUCUAGGACCCUUCUAGAGUUUCUGUAUGGGUACGAGGCUGGAAGUGUGCGAGAAAAGUCCUUUGGCGCCCCCAGGAUCAAAAUGGAAGGAGACAAGGCGAUGCGGACCCUACGUGUGCCUCAAACAUGGUUUUUGACAAUCGGCUCUGCUGUUAUCAUAAGUUUCUCGGAGUUGUCUUCAAAGGAAAUGGCAUGCAACAACAUACAGCUCGACCGAAUGGCCCCAGGAUCUACGCCCGGAAUCUAUACCGUCCGCGUGGUAGAUAAUGCCUCCAUGUGCAGGUAUCACAUUGUAAUUGACCGAGAUUGCAAUUAUGUGAACUUUCUAAAACGCGCCACGGCCCUUGCUCGAUCUGGGGAAGCUCAUCUCAACACAUACGAGUUGUUUGACGAACAAGGUGGUCUGGUUGAUCCUCGAACCUGGCUCAGCUUGCUUUCUUCGGGAGAUGUAGAAAGCCACAUCUUCGGAUUAAGAUCUAAGGAUGUGGACGAGACUGAGCAAGAGUCGAAUGACUUUCGUGCUCUUUCGAUGAAGUUGCUUGAGGCUGGAAGAGGAGAGAGCAAUGACUCUGGAUUUCACCCGCCCAUUCGUUCGAAUGAUUCACUUCGGAACCAAGGAGAGAUGCAGUUGAUAAGGCAUCCAAUGAAAGAAUCGAGACCUGCUUUCGGGGUUAGUUCUCGUGAAAAAUCUUCAACGAUUCGCGGAAGUCUUCCUGGGCCCUUGAUUCCAGCCACGAGACGUCUAAGUUUGGCAAAAAUACCGGAGCUGUACGAAGUUGGCGCCAGUACUUCGAUGGUAAACUAUGGGUACCAGAACGAGACCCCAUACGGCAAGCAUAUCGCUAGACCAGAGACUGGUCGAGCCGGAAUAGUGCCUAGGAUUACCAACACCGUCAAUGGCAAGCUGCUUCUCGGCCCAUCACCCGCCCUGUCUGGAAAAGACUCUCCAGUCCACCAGGAAUGGGGCUUUGUGCACUUAACCGCGCCGUCCAGAUACAAGUCCGUAAGUUCAUUGGAGGUUGAAAACGACCGGCAAUCUUGGUCGAGUGGUCCCAAGCCGGCUCCGCCAUUGCCCUUUGACGAUGAAGAUAUGGAUUCACUCCAUGACUUUGGACCUGGACAAGACGCGGACCACGAAGAUCCUGGCUUGCCUCCUGAACAAUUUCAGAGACAUCAGUCCUUGACUCACUCGAUGGCCUCAAGUAUUGUGGAAGACAGACUUGUGCCAUUCCUUACAUGGAGACUCAGCCGGGAUACCGACGAUCGGUCUGCAGAAGAGACAGAUAAGACUUUGGUUCAGCUGUUAAAUAAGAUACACGGGUCUCUUGCUUCCGGUAGCUAUGGGAAACUAUACCUGGAAGCGUUUCAGUGUACUAGACAAGAUGUUGUUGAGAGGUCUCAGACGCUCUGUUCAAUUCUUGGCGAACAAUCAGCAGCAUCCACUUCUCGAGAAGCCGGUACAGCUGAAGAUACGAACCCAUACCAGCAGCAGAUCAAUAUUUCAGCCGCGCACACAAAAUCAACACUCUUUCGAACUCUUUUGGAAGUGUCUGAGGAAAUAUUUGCAGCCUUUCUUCCUACCUCGGGGAGCUCUUCUGCUCAUUCCCUAUGUGGGCGUUUUUGGGGCACAUUGGAUUUAAUUCUAAGGCAAAUCUAUCUGUCUUCAACAACCUCCCGGCAGUUUCACGAGCCAAAUUGGGUCGAAAUCCCACCAUUCCUUUCUCCUAUCCAGGGCGAGGGCAGGACAGAAAGUUCCACAAAGAAGACGUCAUCUCAAGAAUGUUCAGCAUGCCGCCAAAAUACAAUGUACUCAUCAAUAGAAUCUGCAAUCGGCCACAUUCACAGCGAACAUAUUCAGUGUCAACACGCUUUUCAAGGGACCAAAAUCUUCGACGAUCCCUGUCUGGGAUGGGUUCGCCGCCAAGGGCUAGAUGUAGAGGCAGAUGGAGAGGUGCUAACAACGGCAUCUGCACUUGUCGCUACUCUGGUCAACAUUCGAGACAAGACUCGAGACCUCCAUUGUUCUGUGAGCGGAUCGUCGGAGAGCAACAAAAGCACGGAUUGUCGGCCGCAUCUCCUAAGCAAUCUGGUUUAUUCGUUUGAGGAAAUCGUGUGGAAGUAUGUUCUCACAGCAAAGGAACUCUCAUGGGCAAACCGAGCACGCUUACGAAACUCGGAACAUGGCUUGGUCCUGCCCAUGCCGAAACCGCUAACGAUGAUCCGUGACUGGAGCAAGUCAACAGAAGGGAAGAUUCAGGAGUAUCUUGGCUUGGCCAAGCGGGACAUCAUCAUCCUAGGCACCACCCGAGGUGAUGUUGACAGGCUCAUUAUUGCGCCGGUAGGACCUGAAUUCAUCGUGGCUUCUCUGAUUAGCAACAUUCAGAACCACACAAUCCUGCAAGGGACAGGACAGAAGAUGGAGAUUGCAAAGCACUAUCGAAAGGUCUCUCUCGGACUCCGUUUUGGUGCGACACGGGACCCAAAACGUCGAAGGUUUCUCGAGAUUUCCGCUCUCGAAGAAGAACUAGAGGCUUUACGAACUGUGGCUCAGGUACAGACACAGCUAAUCAGAGCGUAUCGAAAAGUCCUGGAACCCACAGCUUUUCAGUCCGCGACCACUGACUGGGCCUAUCUCAAGGACCGACAAGCUAUGUAUCCACUUGAGAAGAAACGUCUCGACUUACAACAUCAGAAGCUUGCCGAUGACAGUGAUGCUCUGGCUACGUUGGAACGGAUUUCUCAGGUUACAAGACACGACAUGAAACAGAGCAUAGAAGUGCUUGAGGAAGGGCACGGGAAAGCUAUCCGGGUGUUCACAUUCGUCACCUUAUUUUUCCUUCCACUAUCGUUUGUUACGAGUUUCUUUGGAAUGAACACGACAGACGUUAGGGAUACCGAUUGGGAUCAGAGGAUAUUCUGGUCUUCCGCUGUGCCUGUAACAGUGUUCGUACUAACGCUGGCAAUUAUCUAUGGCUACAAGUGGGACGUGGUUGUGGACGCAUUCUCUAAUGCGCUCGCCUCACAGAAGUCACCUGAGCUUUGUGACGUUCUGGAGGACAGUGUCACGCCACUAGUAGGAGACAAGCCCUCUGGUAAUGAAAAGCCUGCUAUCCCUCACUCCGCGCAGAUUCCCUUUGCCACACUGGCUAAGGGCUUUGGACAGGCAAUGAAGAGGCGUCAGGCGCCUGAGAAUAACGAAGCGGUACUGCGGCGACAGACAAACGACAGCCUUUUAGUUUAGGGAGUUUGUCUUAAGGGUAUAUCAGUAUAGCUCUAGAUUACGCUGUCACUCUCACAUUACUUUCUUACCCUUUCCAGAGCUUCCAACUGUCGUCGCAGUGCAUUUCCUCAUCAAUACAGGAGGGCCGCUUAG